CUUGAUCGCAUUCCUAGCCAUCGCAUUCCCUUCCGUUCGGCGUCUGGAGUUUGGAGCUAGAGUGCAGUUCGACCUCCGGCCGCUACCUUGGAUUACGCUAGCUGCCAGACUCCGGCUUGCAGCAAGAGUAGAGCCGGCGACUGAUCGAUCGAGAUCGAGAGGCCAGGAAAAUGCCGACCACCACCGUCGAGGACCUGCCCGCCGACGUGCUGGCCUGCGCGCUGCGCCGCCUCGACGGCCCGUCCCUGGCCGCCGCGAGCUGCGCCACGGCCGGCCUCCGCGCACUCGCCGCGGACCCGGAUACAUGGCGCGCGCUCUGCCUCGCGCAGUGGCCGUCGCUUGACACCCACCAGCACAGCAUCCUCGGCUCUGCCGCCGUCUCUCCGCAGCGCCUCUUCGCGGACGCCUUCCCGUUCCCGUCGGACGAGGCCGCUCCCGCUGCCUCAUCCGACCAGCACCUCCCCGGCGAGCUGAUCUCCGCGGUGGACGUCUACCACAAGGGAGCGCCCAUCUUCUCCCGGGCCGUGGAGACCUCCACGUCGUCCUCGUGGUUCCUCACCUCGCCCUUCCGCGUGGACGCCGUGGACUGCAAGAACCCGGCGCCGGCGGCCUCGAUCUCUCCUGCAGAGCUGGAGCUGAGCUGGAUCGUGGCCGACCCGCGCAGCGGCCGCGCGGUGAACGUGUCGAGCCGGCGGGCGGUGGCCGUGGACAGGCACUGGUACACGGGCGAGACGCUGGUGCGGUUCGCGGUGGUGCUCGGCGGCUGCAAGUUCGAGGCCACCGUCACCUGCUCGGAGGAGGCCGGGUGCCUCAGGGAGGUCAGCCUCACCGUCGAGGACGCCGACGGCGCGGCGGCGAGCGGUGAAUGCAGUCUAAGGCUUCUUGCGGCGGCGAUGGCCGGGCCGAGGAAGGGAGGGGAGAAGGAAGGAGAGCAGGCCAAGAGGAGGUACGACGAGUUCGUGAGCAGCAAGAGAGGGAGGAAGGAGUCCAAGGCCAGGCGGGAGGUGCUCGUCGACUUGUGCUGCUCCGCCGUCAGCGCCGUCGCCGUGCUCAGCUUCAUCGCCUCCGUCAUGUUACGUUAGCUAGUCUACUCUACCGUGCGUGUGAUCUCACCUUUGGAUGCAAAGGAAACACCAACACACAUUCUUUCCCCAGAUUCUUUUGCUCUUCAAAGAGCUGUUUUUUUCAGUAUAUAUAUAGCAAUUGGUAUGGUUCGUCGAGUAUGCAAGUUCACUGGUUGUUUCUUCUUGUAUUGGUAAAAAGGUACCUCAUGAGACAUGUACCACCGUUUUUCCUCUUAGACAAAAGAGAAGAAGGGAGUGCAGAAAUUUGAUUACUGGUAAAGCGAACGUCCUG